GAUAAUUGAUCUGAUAUGCAAAAUCUAAAAGAAUUAGAAAAGUGUGCUAAUUCCACUAAUGUUUUCUUUAGAGGUUAUAAAAUAGGUGGAGUUAGAAUUGGUAAAUGGGAUUAUAUUAUGAAUGGAGAGUCAAUGUAAAGACUCAUUAUAAUUAUAAGGUUUGGAGGAGAUUAUAAUUGUAGUGGUCAAAAAGUUGGAAUAUGGAUUGAACCUGAUAAGAAUUACGAAAAAAAGUAAAAUUGAAUAUUUAAAAGAUAAGUCUCAUAACAUUUUCAGGUGAAUAUAGAGAGGAUAUCAAAGUAGGAAUAUGGAAUACAUUACUUAAAGAAUAAAUAAUGUAUUAAAUAAAUUAAUAUUAGUGAAGGAGGAGGAUAGUAUAAUGAAAAAGGAUAAAAAUAAGGAAUGUGGAUAGAAGUAUAAAAUAACACAACCUCAGAGUAUAAAUGAUAAAUAUUAGUUUUCUCUUAUUAUACUAAGGUAAUUACAAAGAGGGUAGGAGAGUUAAUAACUGGAAAUGGACCUUAGAUAAUGAAACGAUGUAAAUUGAUAUUAAUAAUUAGUGGUUAAGGAUAAUAUAAUGAUAAUGGAUAGAAAGAUAAAUUUUGGACAGAAGUGGAUGAAAAUUAUUCAAAAUUGUAAGAGAAUAAUUUCCAUAAAAAGUUAAAAAUUUAAAUUCCAAGGAUCCUAUAAAAAUGGAAUGAGAAUAGAGAAAUGGCUUAUAUUACAUAAUGAAUUUAUUACGUAGAAGAUUUAAUUAAAUUAUUAGUGGUGGAGGGGUAUAUUCUUAUGAAUUCAAGAAAAAUGGAAUUUGGGUAGAACCAAUUGAAAAUUAUACUGAAUAGUAAAUUUUAUAAUUAAUCUAGUUGCCCUGUAUUCUAAAAAGGCACUUAUACAUAAGAUAUUAAAGUUGGUGAAUGGAGUGUCCUUCUUCAUAAUUCAACAAUGUUAAUCUUAAAUAAUAAAUAAUAGUGGAGGAGGAAAGUAUGAUAAAAGUGGUUUAAAGUAAGGUGAUUGGAUAGAUGUAGAGAUAAUAAAUAUUUUUUAGUAUAAUUAUAAUUAAAUGAAAGGAAAAUUAUAUCGGUUGGAUAAUAUUAAAAUGGAAUUAGAAUAUUAUAAUGGAAAUUUAAAUUAGAAAAUUAAUUAUUGUAAUUGUUAAUUUAAAUUUUAAUUAUUAAAGUUAAUGUAUGUAUAAUGAAAUUGGAGAAAAAUAAGAAUAUUGGAUAGAUUUUCAUAAAGAUUAUUAUUAAAAGUAGUAAUUUUUAUAUAUUAAGUGAAAUAUUAUUUGAAGGAAAUUAUAAAAAAGGUAAAAGAUAUGGAUUAUGGAAUAUCUAAUAAUAAAAUAUAAUAAUGUAUAUUAUUAUUAAUAAAAUUAAAGUGGUAAUGGGUUAUAUGAUGAAUAUGGAUAGAAGUUUGGACUUUGGAAAGAGUUGCAUCCAUUAUAUUCAGGAAUGUAAGUCUUAGAUUUAAAAAGGUGUGAAUUAAUGAUGAAAGGAGAAUAUCUAAAUGGAGUUAAAAUUAAUUAUUGGCAAAUAGUAACUUAAAAGUAUAACAAAUUAAUGUAAUUUUGUGUUCUAUAAAAAGUGGUGGUGGAUCAUUUAGUGAAUAAGGACAAAAAAUUGGAAAAUGGAUAGAACCUCAUUAGUGUUAUUCAUUAUAGUAAUAAAAUUAAAUUUAUAAUAGUCGUUAAGUAAUAAGUUAUGGAUCUUAUGUAGAUGGAUUAAAAAUUGGAAUAUGGGAAGAUAUUUAUUUAAAUAAAAUUUUGUAAUUAAUUAAUAUAAUUAAUAGGAAUUAUUAUAAUUUUGAUAAAGAAGGAAAAAGGAUAAAAAUUUAGAAUUAAAUAUGA